UGAAAAAGGGAAGGGGGCACGAAGGGGGGCUGACUGCUAAACGCUCUGAUCGUUCUCACGUCUGAUUCACGUUGCGCGGCGUUCAAACUUUCCUCGGCAUGGAUGCGUUUGCUCGCCCGCAAAAGUGUCAUGUUUUGGCGAACGGGAACAAAAAAGCGCGCUCUCAGGUGUGAUGGGCUCCAAGUUGAGCAGGCAGAGAAGUCGAGAUCUGGAAAGUAAAUGGACCAAGAGACGGCGGGAGAGGAAUGACACGCCGCUGCAAAGCGGCGGGGGAGGAGGAGGCGGCGGCGGCGGCGCUAGGGGGGAUCUGUUGUUUACCUCGUUGAUAUUGAAGUCCGACAAGCUGCCGGCGAUGCUGCGCAAACGGGACCGCAGCCCGUACGUCAAGCGGGUGGCUUGGAUCCGCGACAUCCAGCGACAUCUACGCGAGCACAGAUCCGAGAAAGCGGCUGAAGUGCUCAAACUGCUGAGAAAGGAUUUGGGACUCCAGGGAACGUCGCUCAAUGACAUUUUGUACAAGAAUGCGGCUUUUCUCAACCUGGUGGACCCCAUCUCACACGAGCUGCUGUUGAGUUUGGCCCGAGACCUGCAAUGUCCUAAGAGGGAGACGGACUCCCUCAAGUCCACCAACAAGAUCUGCCGCCAGCUAAUUUACCACCUGACUCCUCACUCCAAGUGGACGAGACAAAGCGUUCCCAGGAGGAAGUCUCAGGCCUGCCUGAAGACCACCCUGAAGAAAAAGCUGGCCGGCGAUGUGGUCAACCUCUCCGGCAUCCCGCUUUCGGGAAGAAACAUCCACCGCGUGGGCUUGUACCUGCAGGGUGCCAGCGACGCCGUGUCGGCUGUGGACUUGAGCUUCACGGGCCUUCAGGACGACAGCUUGCGCCUGCUCCUGCCGGUCCUAAGCGGUUUGCCCAAGUUGACCACGCUCGCCGUCAACGGCAACCGUCUGACGGCGGCCGUCCUCAAGGAUGUGACGGAGGUGGUGAAGGAGCCGAAGAAGUUCCCCAGCCUGGCGUGGAUCGACCUGGGUAACAACGUGGACAUCUUUACCGUGCCGCAGCCCCUGCUGGUGGCCCUGCGGAGACGUUUCGGUUUACGCAGCAGCCUGCCUACCAUAUACGAGUACCACGAGGCAAAGUUCGGCGGCUACGUUACCAAUAUGGAGACUUCCGUGGAGGAGACCAGCGUGUUUGAGGAAGGCGACGAGGGCGAGGAUGAGCGAGACGAAGACGACGACAGGCUGGAGUUGCGAGCUUGGGGCUUUACGGAGGAGAGAACGUCCAGGAAUGUGCAGGUGGCCUUCUGUGGGAGGUGAUCAAGAAGAAAUCUUGACUGACUUUCCUGGCUCUUCGUCUUCUCCCUUGAGUAUAAAAAGUAAAUGCAGUUUUGUUCCUCUGGACAGCUAAGGUAGACGCAUGUUGAACGUGAUAAAAGAUCAGAACUUAUUGCUCAUAAUUUUGCGGCCUCUUCAUCCAAGGAAACCCCCGAGGACCCCAAUCUGAGGAAGCCGACUUGUGAAACCACUGACCGAGUCUCUUGCCGACCCGUGGAAAAGCUGGGCAGUUAAGUGCCUUGCACAAGAACACCUUAGACUGACAAUAUGUUUACACGGUCACUAUGGGAACCCUUCCGAAUUCCUGGCAUUGGAAAUGAUCCGUUUUCAUCCUCCAGAAACUAAACUCUCAGUUCACGUGACUAACUGGUCUUGAAAUACAAAGUUUACACAAUCCGUUCCAAACACUGAUCAUCAGAUGCGGAGGUGCCAAAAAAAUGGAGGGUUGCAUUUCAUUCAAGAGUUACUGCACAUGACUGAGUGUAUGAGGCUUUCAAAAUAAAACAGGAAGUCAACACCGUGUUGAAUAUCCAUCCACUAUCUAAUCCGCUCAACCUGUUGAAAACAUUUUUACGCGCAACUGUUUUUGUACACAAAAUGAGAACAGGGUACAAUAGUUGAGCCUUUUCUAGGUAGGAGGAGAGCCACAAAACAAAACAUUGUCAUUCCACUGAAGUUCAAAAUAAAGGUUCCAAACAAUGGCAGCACGCUGUAUAGUGGUGAGCACAUCUGCCUCGCAAUUUUGAGGUUCGGGUUUGAACCCUUGGCAUGCUUUUUAAUACUCGCAUGGGUUUUCUCACUGUACUCAUCUCAGAUUCAAAAACAUAUGCAUGAUAGCUUCAUUGAACACUCCAAAUUGGAACCAUUUGUGUCUGUACUAUAUAUGCCCUGAAAGUGGCUGGAAAAACAGUCCGAGGUGCAGCCAGAGUCUCUUGCCAAACGUCAGCAGACUCCAUCUUACUAAUAAAGAGAACACACCCCAUUAAAAAUGGAUAGAUGAUACAAACGGUAUUUUUGACUGUAGCUGUGUUUAUCUGCACGCACACACACACACACACACACACACACACACACACACACACACACACACACACACACUGAUUACUGCCUGGGUUCUCUCAAAUCUACUUUUUCUCAGUAAAUAGGACGAGCCCCAGAUUAUUUGGAUGACGGCUUAUGACGAUUGAGUUUAUUUAUUUAUAGGGGCAAGAAGGAUGGCAAUCUGGCAUGUACACACACAUUUUAAACUGUACAAAUUGUCACAUUUUAAACUGUACGUUGUAGCAUGUUUUUUUUAUGUACAUGACCACAAAUAUAUAUUUUCUUUUAAAAUGUGACACUGCCUCUUGUUGUUGCUGUGUUAUAGUGUAUUUGUUGGCGUGCUAUUGUUUUUUUUUUUGUGCUAGGAUACUAAUGAGAUGAAUGCCUGGUGUUUGUGUGUGUUUGUAAUAUUAGAGUGUGCAUCAACUGGCACGCAGUGUAACAGACUACCUUUUGAUCACAGAAAUGAAAUGUUUACUCAUUUGCACUUUAAGGACAGCGAGUCCUCGGAAUAAACAGACUUUGUUUUAAUGAGUCUUUCUUGAUAUGAAAGUUAAUGAAACACUGAUCUUAUCUGAAUAUCUGAAUUAUUAUUUUGAUCAUUUUCUACAGAUCAGGUGAUGUGUGCAUAAUCUGAAGUUUUUCUUUUUAGAGCUUUUAUCAAUGGAGUUGUUACCUUUCUUUUAGAAUGAAGAUGAUAUUUACCUUCUGUUGCUUCCGAAAUAAACUCUGUUUGAAAAUCUC